CGCUGUUUGGUCGAGACAAGUCGUCAGAAGAGCAGCAUCAAGUAGAGGCAUCUGCCAAUCAUGAUGGUGUCUUGCCCCGAGCACAAGCAGGAGGGUCAUCGAAUACUGGCAAUACGUCAUCAAGGGAUCAAUUUCUCUAUGAUCGGGGCUACAGAAUAAACAACAUCAGCGCAGGAGACCUGGAGUCGGACCAGCAAGGAGG